AUGAACAGCGAGGCUGAGUGGAGAGACAACAAAUACAGGAAGGACAAACCCUGCCCGUCGUUCCUAAGGUCCCUACUCCUCUUUCUUCGCAUCGUUUUCUACCGGCCGGUAUGGGGUGAGGAAGAGGAGUACAUGAGGAAGAGAGUGAGGUGGAUCUUCGUGCGUUUCAGCGCCUGGCACUAUGCGGGCAGCGAUAAACUCUGGGCUGGACUCGUCAUCCGACUCUUCAAGGCCAUUCAAAAAGAUUUUGGGGAGUUAUUCCUGAGUGUGUACAAGGCUACUCAGCAUCCUUACUCAAAGAAGGUGCAGGUCGGAGUAAAAUCCAACUGGAAGGUCAGAAAGUUCCUCUGUGUUCCUCUCUGGCUUGUCGUUGUCAUUGCUGUGGCUUUAAGCGUCGCGGCGAGUAUUGUGCUUUACCGUUCCGGCUUUCAAAUCAAAACCGAGGGCAAAUUAACGUGGACCACCUUUAUGGAAUCGACGGCCAUCGGGAUACUGGGACUGCCGUCUGUCGUCAUGGUUCGUUUCUUUUAUCACAUCUUGAAAAAUUUGUUUUAUGACCAGGUUCAGAGCGUCAUGAAAAAAAUGAACUGCACAGCUGUGAGUGACCAGUUGGGUUUCAUGAGUAAAGUAAAGAAAGAGGUGACCAUUCUGGUAGAUUUCAUUCACUUCAUGGAGGUUUUUGAGAAGAGGAAAAUACGUGUGGUGCUGGAGGUGACCCAUUUGGACCGCUGCAGCCCAGACAAGGUGAUUCAAACCUUGGAGGCCAUGAAUAUCCUCGUAGCUGGAGAGAACAUACCUUUCGUGUCCAUCUUGGCAGUGGAUCCUAGAGUUAUGGUGAGCUGCGUGGAGAGCUCGUUCUGGUAUCGCGGAUCGAAAGAAAGCGGUUACGAUUUUCUGAACCAGAUGGUCACGCUGCCCUUCAGCGUACCCGAAAUGUGCACCGAAUCCAAGCGCAGGGUUUUUGAAUCACUUGUGAAAAGUCAUUUGGAGAUAUUAAGCCCCGAAAGUGGGGGCACGAAGCUCAUCAAACGUAAAGGGAAAACGGAUCAGACCAUCGAACUUGAAACGGGCAAGAAACGUGAUGAGAGCACAGUUCCGUUCAUCAGCAAAAGCGACUCCGGGACUCUAGAAAAGGAUCUGAACUGGGAAAUGUGGGCUAAUAAGGUCAAAGAGCUUACAAAGGAGGCUUUGGAAACGGUGUACUCGGCAGAAAAACCUCUGCACGGGUAUCUGCGCGGGAGCUCCAUGCACAUGAGGAGAAUCAUCAAUUCUGUUCGGGUGUCGGUCAUUGUCUUGGAGGCCCUACACGGAGGAAGGUCUUCGGCACAGGACAUCGCCGCCUGGGUGGUGCUGGCGAACCUCUGGCCUUGCCGUCUAAGCUGGAUCCUUCAGUGCCUGGAAGAUCAUCAGCAGAAAGCAGACAUAGAUCCCGAAGUCCAGGAGACGGCUCUUGCGAAGCCCUUGUGGGAUAUUUUCCAGGAGUCGAGUCUGGAGCUGCACGCCCUCAGAAGUCAGCUGGAAUCGGUUCUGGCGCAGGACGGAGAUCCAGAACUUUUUGAGAAGUUUCUCAGAGUGGACUUCAGGUUCACCGUAAGGGAUGUCAGGAGGUUCACAUUCUGCACUAUCAACCUUGAUCACUCCAUCAGGCAUGAACUGGCACGGGUUCGAGAGGGUUCCAGUUUAAAAGUCGAAAAUGGACCCGAGGCCCGUCGGCAACGGGCUGGACCAACUGCCUACAUGAGCACAGAUGACAUUUGCAAAGAGAUGGAGAAGCUGAAUAUCCCUGUGAGAUGUCAGCAGCUUCUGACGGAGAAUCGACUUGAUGGAGCAGCACUGGUUAACAGAGACAGUAACGAGAUUCGUCAAAUCCUUCAGAUGACGCCAAGAGAAUGGAUGACAUUCCACAAACAUUUUCUGGGAGACAUAUCUGCCUCUACACGAUAG